CCGUGUUUCUCACCGAGAGCGCACUUUGAGUGAGCACACACCAGCGGUGUGUUGGUACCGUUUUGUUUUGAUUUCGGAUGCGUUUUGGACACGUUUUCGUGCCUUCUAAAACACAAUAAUGUCUAUAUUUACCCCCACAAACCAAAUCCGGCUGACUAACGUGGCGGUGGUACGGAUGAAAAAGGGCGGGAAGCGUUUUGAGAUCGCUUGUUACAAGAAUAAAGUCGUGAGCUGGAGAUCUGGAGCAGAAAAAGAUCUGGAUGAGGUUCUGCAGACACAUUCUGUUUUUGUUAAUGUGUCUAAAGGCCAGACGGCCAAGAAGGACGAUUUAAUUAAAGCUUUUGGGACUGAGGAUCAGACAGAAAUCUGUAAACAGAUUUUGGCCAAAGGGGAGCUCCAGGUGUCAGACAAAGAGAGGCAGACCCAGCUGGAGACGAUGUUCAGAGACAUCGCAACAAUCGUGGCAGAGAAGUGUGUUAACCCUGACACCAAGAGGCCUUACACCGUCAGCCUGAUCGAGCGAGCCAUGAAGGACAUCCACUACUCUGUCAAGACCACCAAGAGCACCAAGCAGCAGGCUCUGGAAGUGAUCCGGCAGCUGAAGGAGACCAUGCAGAUCCAGAGGGCCCACAUGAGGCUGCGGCUGGUGCUGCCGGCCAAAGAGGCCAAGAGGCUGAAGGAGAAGCUCAAACCUCUCCUGCAGGUGGUGGAGAGCGAGGACUUCGACGAAGAGCUGGAAAUGGUGUGUCUGGUGGAUCCCGGCUGCUACAGGGAGAUCGAUGAGCUGAUCCGCUGUGAGACAAAGGGUUGCGGCUCUCUGGAGGUCCUCAGCCUGAAGGACGUCGAGGAGGGAGACGAGAAGCUCUGAAACCUCUGGACUCUUGACCUUCUGCACACUAACACGUUUACUCCUAAAGCAGACGUUUCUGGUGCCAUCCUCGCGGCUUUCAUCCGUUCUUGCUGCAGCCGUGAGUGACGAGAGCAGGAUUAGAGGAGGCCGGUAGAUAACUCUGACCCGAAGUCUUUUAUUUACUUACAUUACUUUUGUGUCUCCAUCUGCUCUUGUGGCCAAAUUCAGCAUGGUGAUUACUUCUGAGUUAAAAAUGAGCCUUUUUUGUGUCUAAUAAACACAGAUCUGCACAAGUCGAAUGGACAGAACAUUAAAGCUAACACGUCCAACAAAA